CCACGACCAAUGCCAGUCUGUUGCAGAAGCGCGGGAUCGACCGACGCUUAUAAAUUAAGUUUUUUUUAAAUAAGUUUUUUAAACCGUCGCUAUGGCGUCAGCCGUGAUGAAGUUCAGUGCCAUAUUGUUUCUGGUUGCCGCGUGCGCUGCUGAUGUUUCGGAGCUCGUUGGCGACAAAUCCGCGCAGCCUGUGACGGAGGUAUGCCUUGGCUGCAUCUGCCAGGCCAUCUCAGGCUGCAAGCAGAGCCUGACGUGCGAGGGAGACACCUGUGGUCUCUUCCGGAUCACCUGGGCCUACUGGUCGGACGCUGGCAAGCCUACCAUCAACAACCUCGCACCUGACCACCAAGAUGCGUACCGCAGCUGCGUUGUUGACCCGUACUGUGCUGCCCAGACCGUCCAGGGAUACAUGAGGAGAUUCGGACAGGACUGCAACGGCGACGGGCAGGUGAACUGCUACGAUCACAUGACGAUCCACAAGAAGGGCGGGUACGGGUGCUCCGGGGACCUGCCGUUCGAGUACGUCAACGUGUUCAAUCAGUGCAUAGCCGCCGUCGCUGCCCACCAGGGAUGAAUGUAGUUUUAAGCCUCACUCUCAGUAAUAGCUAGGGAUACAGCGCCUUUCGUUACGUUUUUUAACAAACCCGCAAAUGAGGCUGUAUUUUUAUCCUCCUCCUCCUAUGGUUUGGUGCCUAGAACGGUCGCUCCGCUCGCACUCAAUACCCUAGAUCCGGCCCUGUACGCAUUGGUGUAGUUCGCUUCAUGCUUUCUUAGUAUCAAAAAUCAAAAAGGAGUGUACAAGUUCCUAAUGGGUUGGCAACGCGCACGUGACACUCCUUGAGUUGCAGGCGUCCAUUGGUGACGGUGACCGCUUUCCAUCAGGCGGAUCGUAUGCUUGUUUGCCACCGACGUAGUAUAAAAGUAUCAUGCUGACGCGCAGAUAUGGGAAAUAUAACCUAUACGAGACACGAGACAGCGCCGGAUCUAGAUUCUUUUCGAGGGGAGGAGAACCUAAAAAAAAUGGCGUCUCUUGGAUUUGACGAAGUUCGAAUUUGGCACCCCCCUGGACUUGACGCCCGGAGCAUGGGCCCAGGCUAUAUUUAUUUAACAUUCGAAUAAGACACUAUGAACAUUGUAAAAUGACAACGACAUUCUCCUCUUUUGAUAGACACGUGUAUCCCUAGCUAAUAUAAAAUUACCAUAAAAUAAUAAUAACAUCUUUUAAUAAUACUGUUUUGUGAUUCUUAUGUUAGAAGCUUAGAACACAAGAAGUGUCAAAUGAAUAAAGUACACACGCGUUAACGCAUGCGGUCUGUAUGAGAUUAAUUAAGAAGCGUUAGGCUUCUUAUAAUAUUUAAAUACUUACGUAAGGUUUAAAAUAAUAGAAUACGCUGUGCCAAAACAAAGGUAAAUAAACACAACAAUUUUCAUUCGAUACUUUAAACGUGAACUUGUGUUAAUCGAGUUUAUUCGAAGCACGCGCGUCAUAAUAUUUAUACCUAGGUACUUGAUUUGUGAAGAAAAUAUUACAAAUUUAUGAAAAAUGGGUACAAAUAUGUAUCUACUAGUCUUUUUGGAUUGUUGUUAAGUGAAUUACAGAUUCUUGAUAUUAAUCCUAACGUGACUGCUCAAGACUACCUAAUAAUAAAUAAUUUUACUACA